GUUGACUGUGUGUGUGUGUGUGUGAGUGUAUUCUGUUAGUAGAGUUUUAUGUAUGUCUGUAUUCGUUAGUCAUUUACAUUUGAAUGAUGUCUGACUGAGUAUUUCACACCAUUGCGCUGCUCAAAUGUGGCUGUUCUUUUUUGUAGGAAGGCGUUAUUUAUCACCUAGAAGGCUCCUUGUACUGACUCCAGCAGGGAAGCCGUGCAGGAGCAAGGCAGACGCACUGGAACUGUGAUCCUGCCAUGAUGAACAAGACAUUGUUUGGACUCUGGAACACCAAGAUUAUUGGGAAAUAUCUAAAUAUAGAUCAAACUGACUUUUUACCGUAUAGUUUUGUUAUCCAGUCGAUGGCAAGCAGCUGUUACGCUAGAGAGGUCUCAUCGACAGAAGUGACAGCUGAUCUGCUGCGUAAGUAACCCCAUUUCUGGCGGAAAAACAGGGUUUAGUCUACUCCGCGUUGUUCAUUAACACCAGACGGGGAAGCAGUUUAAGUAACCGGAAUCAUAACCUUCCUCUCUAGAGUUUUUUGUGCGUUGGUUCAAGACCUGCUGCGUCAGAAAUAAGCUACAUUACAAUACCGGGUUACCCCGCCCCCAUGUGACUUGACACAACCAUGUUAAGCAGAUUUCUUGUUUGUUUACAUUUACUUCUGAGUCAUGGAGGAGAAUUAGUCAUCAUCUCAUCAUUAGUAAUCUCGCAAUGAAUAAAAGUCGGGUGUCCUGCCAUAGAGGGCUAUUCCAGAGAGGGUCCUGCCAUUACGCACAUCAGCUAUGUUUAUGUGGUACGUCUCGCUCAGCUUGGCAGCUGUACUCCUGACCGGGCCAAGCUCCUGUCAAAGCGCAGAUCCCACGUACCUCUGGCGGGAUGCACAGACGGGUGAGGACAUCACAUGCAACAAGUGUCCUCCCGGCAAGUUCGUGGGCGCUCACUGCACGAAAGACACGGCCACCCAGUGCCUGGAAUGCGGUCAGGGCCAUUAUACGGAGUUCUCGAACUACUUGGAGGAGUGUCUGAUGUGCGACUAUUCCUGCACGGAGGUUCAGGAGGAGAAGCGCGCCUGUGCUCCGACGCACAACCGGCAGUGCAUCUGCAUGGAGGGCUACUACGCCAUGUACGACUUCUGCCUCAAACACACCGCCUGCCCAGCAGGAGAGGGAGUUAAGGCCAACGGUACUCGCGAGUAUAAUGUGGAGUGUGAACCAUGUAAGGAGGGCACGUUUAACAAUGAGUCCUCCACCACUGCCACCUGCAAGCCCCACCUGCGCUGUCAGAACCACCAGGCCACCAUUCCCGGCAACAGUGUCCACAACACAUUCUGUACCCCCUGCAAGGCCAACAGCACAGAACCUCACGAUAAGAAGGUGUGUGCUGAGGAGGCGAUGCGUCUGGUUCUGGAGCGUGUGCCAGCGGGCAAGCUGGGCCGGCUGAAGAAGGUUCUGCGCUCAGUGACCCGCACACCCGCCCAGUCCAAAACCAUGCAGGAGCUCAUGGAGGUUCUGGUGGUGAAGCAAGAUGGCUCGGUGGACCUGCAGCCCCUACUGAAGGUGCUGGAGCGGGCUCGGGUCUACAACUGCUUAGACACCAUCAAGGACCUGCUGAUCUAGAUCACACACUCUGGCUUAAGACCAGCCACAGCUCCAGUUGCGCACGCACACACACACACACACACACACACACACACACACACACACACACACACACACACACACACACACACACACACACACACACACACACACACACACACACACACCAGCAAUACAGUCACAGGAACAGAGAUACCUCUGAUGCAGAAGCAAUACCAAUAGAGGAACAUAGUGAAUACUGCUAUAUAAUAAGAGGACAUACACUCCAGAGUUUGCAAUGUGCUGUGAGAUUUCAAAUCCACUUUGAUGGUAAACGGUUCAUGCUAUUUAACUCUUUUUAUAUCUCUCAUGCUGCCGUUCCAGCAUGAGACUUGUUACAGGACGCCCUUCAUUACAAUGUUAUUUAUGGCUGUUUGACUCAGUUUUAAAUGUCUUUACCAUUUCAAAUUGUAAGCAUACAAACUCUUUAUCAUGAGGAUAUCCAUUUCUGACUUGAAUAGUGGAGAAAUAAUUAACUAUCAUCACUUAUAACAGGGGGGCGGAAUUGGGAGACAGGCGGAAUUGGGAGACUUGACUAUACAUAAUAAGAGGACACACACUCCAGAGUUCGGUCCAGAGGACAGCAAUGUGCUGUGAAAUGUGAGAUUUCAAAUUUAUUUGAUGGGAUAAGGUUCAUGUUAUUUAACCAUUUCGUUUUUUAGUCCAUUCAAUGUAGAGUUUGAUGGAGUUUGACAGAAUAAAAUAGAGAGUUCAACUGUCAAAACGCGACAGUUCAACUCUGACUAUCAGAGAACUUAUUUUUGUAAAUCUGUGUAAGAGAGAAUUAAUAUAUUGGAAAGAAGAGUUGUCUGUUUGCUGUGUGUGGCUGUGCCACAUUUUAUUUUGUGUUUGUUACACAACUAGUGAAUGUUUGCUUUAGGUCAGUUCAUAGUCAGAGAGCAUUUCAACAUAAUAACAUUUUCAUUUCAAUUUUUGAAUCGCAUGUAUGUACCGUAUUUCCUCAAUUUAUAGCCUGUCUCCUGAUGGUAGCCUGCCUCUUUCAGUAACCUGGUCUGAAACCACUUUUAAUAAAUAAAAACCUGCCUCUUUUAGUACCCUGUAACACAGCCGGUGUCUCUGUAUCCAUGGCAAGUAGAAUAGAGCUGCCUGUUAUGAUUUUUUUUAGUAAAUGCCUCCUUCAAAUUGUAGCCUGCCUCUAAUUGUAGCCUGGUCCAAAGUAUUUUUUUUGUUAAUUAUAGCCCUGGCUAUUAUUUGAGGAAAUCCGGUAUAUGCAUGUAUUGUAUUUUGUAAAUGUGAAAAUGUGUGUGUGUGUGUGUGUGUGUGUGUGUGUGUGUGUGUGUGUGUGUGUGUGUGUGUGUGUGUGUGUGUGUGUGUGUGUGUGUGUGUGUGUGUGUGUGUGUGUGUGUGUGUGUGUGUGUGUGUGUACCACAUGCUGCAUACGUUUUUAUUGUAUAUACAUAUUCUGUAUAUAUAGGUAUGUGUGAAUGUAUAUUGCUCGUCAGGUAUCAGGUAGCUCGUCAGGUCUGAUGAUCUGUGCUGUUGUGAUAUUGUGUUGUUCUUCCGACCUCAGCCCAUUUACAGUGUAAUAAUGUUAAGUUACCUUAGAGGACCUGUGAGUGAGUGUAGGUUAUGCAUGCCUCUGGUUGCUGUACUUGGUUUGCAGAAAGGUCUCAUUCACUGGAUGAGUUCCCAGUAGUCUUGACUCUAAACAAAGAGACAGCGUAACCCUGGCAGCACAGCAUUCCAGGAAUCGCUGCGGCCAUUGAUCGGGAAAGACUAAUGUUUACACAAUCUGUGUGGAGUGCACAGAGUUGUCAGUCCCAGGUUUAGAAAAGUCAAGGGGGGAAAAAAACUUGGCACCCAUUUGAUCUCACAAGCUCUGAAUCAGCUUUUUGUAAUGAUCAUUCCAGACAGCUAGAUGAGCUGCUCUGUGACUGAAACCACCUGUGUUGGUUCUCUUUCAUGUCAUCUUAGUUCAGAAUGAAACUCAAGCAAGUAGUUGCUUACAACCCUUUUUACCUGUGUUGGAAAACGUGGGAAGGGUUUUAAGAGAUACUACUUCAGGUAUGGUAGCACUGUCAGCGCGAAUGUGUCUUUGUCUUAACUAGGGCGACCUCACAUUUGUGAAAUACAGUCCUAUUCUGUACACCAAGUCACAAGACAACGGUUGCUUCUAAGUAUUUUUUAUGUUCUCGCUGCUACAAUA